CGGCAGGAUGCCGCGCUGUGCCGUCGUUGUGUUUUGUGUGGGCACAUCUGUGUGCUUGCGCCGAACUGAAGCUGCGUGGUGGUUGCACAACGCUGGAGAAGCAUACAGGAGCUCCCUUGUUCUCGUCACCGAUGUGCGAUCCAACCUCAACGUCGCAGUUCUGCGUCCCCGUGGAGGGCGAACGGAUCGGGUGGACGACCGCGUGGUGUGCGUGCCCUUUGCUCCUCGGCAAACGUGGGAAAGCAUGUACAAUGAGACGGCGACGGUGGAGCAAGUUGUCACGCGCGUGUGCGAUGACCUGGCUGCCGCCACCGUGCUGCUUGUGGGCGAGUUUGGAUGCCCCAGCAGCGGCCUUGUCGUGCGGUGUGCAGAGGAGAUCCGGCACCGCGACCCCGCGUGCUCGCUGUGUGUGCUCGAGCCAUACUGCCCGCUGCUCCCUGCCGGGUCGCUGGGCCCGCUCCACGCCGCCCUGUGUGCGCGAGUGCUGGGCGAGGACGAAAACGACAGCGAUGACGAUGGCGACGAUGGCGCCUUUGCUGACGGCACACGGCAUCGCGCGGACAUGCGUGGGCGCUGUGGCCGACAAGUGCUGGACCACCACCUACGGCUGCCAUGCACACCGUCCACGCUCGAUCCCCACGGCCCCGAGCGCCGCAUCAUGCACGCGCUCACGGUGCUUGGGUGCCCGCACGCGGGGCGCAUGGCGGUGGCGCUGGCACAGCUCGCCUGCUUUGCCAACGGCAUGCCGGGCCUUGCCGCAGUGCACGCGCUCGCACCCAAAGCCGCCAGUGCCCGAAGCAACACGAGCACAAACAGCAGCACCAGCACCAGCACCACCAGCACUCGUCGGAGGCACACAGGGAGGAGACACGGAGACCGCAGUAGCCGGGACAGCGGCGUGGAGGACGUGGCGCUGGAGCUGGUACAGCUGCACCACCAGCGCCAUUACCGGCAUCUCUACUGCACUGGUGCUGAUGGUGGACAUGGUCUUGAAGGUAGCGCAACGGGAACAGCAAUAGGAGGAGGAGAUGGAGGCUACCGAUGCGGACUGACGCAGCGUACUGGUGACGGUGGCGACGGCACCGCAUCCUUGUCAUCAAUGGUGCUCGUGCAACAACAGCAGCAACGCCAACAACGCCAGCAACGCCAGCAGCAGCAGCAGCAGCAUGCGCACGGCGGUGUGAGCAGUGCCGUUGGGAAGAGUCAACCACCAGAGGCCUUGGUAGGGCGAGGAGGUGGGGCGGAUUCCAGAAGAGGUGGAAGUCAAGGCGAUGCCUGUGCUGAGCACAAGAACAAGAGCAACAAGAGCAGCAACAAGAACAAGAACAGGAGCAACACCCUCGACAGCGGCCAUGGCAGCAGCGCAACACCCAGGAGCAGGCCCACCACGGCGUCGGCUACAGUUGCACCAGCAGCAGGCAAGCGCACCGCAGCUCACAGCGUCGGCACGGGAGGUGCCAUCAUGCCACCGUCAGCAUCAUCAUGCGCUGCCACAUUGCAGUGUCGCGUGGUGCUCUCAGCGCCCGCCAGCACAACGGCUGUCGUUGGCCCGCUGUUUCCCACCAACCCAGCACAACAGCAGCCUUCACGGCGAACACAGCUGCCACCGUUUUUGGCGAGCAUCUUCCAGCAACCCACUGCCGCAACCGUUACACCUGCUGCGCCCAGGACAGAAACCUGACCGCGUGCAGACGUGCAUGUGUAGUGUAGUGUGUACACCCCAUCAUCACUUGACAUCACAUCAUCACUUCACAUCAUGUGGAGUGGAUAUGAUGUUCCUUCGGAGGCCGCCAUGGCGCUGGUAGGAGGGAGGGGUGGUGAGGUGGGGGAAGGGGAUUGGUAGCGGUCAAAAGAGAGAACGUGCCGAGCAGAACUGAACAACGGAAAAAGGAAUGCAGGAGCGGCGGGACACUGCACGCAGGCGAGGUAGGGGACGGGGGCAGGGCAAGUGGCGGAGACCGCAGAAACAGCACGAGCGAAGAGGCGCGAAGAGGGAGGAGGAAGGGGAAGCGAGACGAGAAGAGAGACAGCUCGAGAGAGACAGAGUGUGUGUG